AUGGACUUCAGGAAGGCCUUUGGCAUUGUGUCCCACAACAUCCUCAUAGACAAGCUGUUGAAGCAUGGGCUGGAUGAGCAGACAGCGAGGUGGAUUGAAGCCUGGCUGAAUGGCUGGGCCCAGAGGGUGGUGGCACGAAGUCUAAUUGGGGGGACCUUGGGCCUCUGCCUUGGCUCCUCGGAGGAGCCAACCGCUGAUGGCCUCACGUCAACUUCCCUGCUGGAGCUUGCCAUGAUGUCCCACCUGGAGGCCAUGAAUUCCCACGAGCAAACCAGCCCAGAGGCUGCGGAGCCUGAUCUUGCCCCUGGCUCUCUGCAUGCUGCUCCAGGAUCGGGCUUUGCCAGCGAGGAGAAUGAGGAGUCCAAGAUCUUACAGCCCCCGCAGUACUUCUGGGAAGAUGGAGGAGAGCUCAACGACUCCAGCAUGGAAUUGGGACCGGCAACAGAUUACAGCUUUCCUACUGCAUCUCAGAAGGCUCUGCUGAAAGGGAAUGGGACACAGGUGAAAGACAACUGGGAAACAGCCACUGUCCAGCCGCUGGCAGAAUUUGUUGAGCCUGACUUGCACACGCCUUUCUCCAGCACGCUGGAGGAAGAGGAGGGUCUGCUCCCUAUAGACCACUCAAGAGGAGGAGUGGAGAGCCUCCAGACCUCCGGGCCAGAGGUUGCCUCUUCUGAAUCAGUGGACCAAGAGGACUCCUUCUCCCUUCUGUUUUCCACAGCCUCUGCCAGACCAGGUGUUGUGACUGAGGCAGCCAUAGGAGGGCAAGAAGAGGACUCUGUUCCUACAGGCUUAGACCUUGGGAGCAGCAUGGGACCAGGUCUUCUGCCUAUGUCCCCUAUUUUUUCUACUACUACUGCUGCAAGGUCUCCUAGUAUUCCAGAAGAGCACUUUGAGGUGACAGCCGGGGACACGUGGGCUGUUGGGGGAGCAGAUUCGGAGCUGACUGUGACUACCACGGGAGCAGAGCUUGCAGAGACCACGGUGGAGGCUGGUGGGGAAGAGCAUUCAGCCGGAGAUGACGUCUCAGAGACCACAGUGGGGUGGGAGAUGCUGGAGCCCACAGUGCUAAGUGAAAUGGAGCAGACUGCGGAAACACCUGUAGGGACACCCUCUCCUGGAGGCAGCUCCCCAGGCACCCAGACUCUUUCUGGGAGUGAUCAGCACCCCACUUCUGUGUCUCCAUGGGACAGGGCUGACGAGCCUGCGCUGGAUCCCUUUUGGAAUGACACCGAGUCAUCCACUGAGACUGUGGCAGCAGAGAGGAGCUUGUCACCGCAGGCUGGGGAUGCCCGCAUGGCCGUGCUGCCGACAGAGCUGCCCUGGGACUCAGCACAGGUGAUCUGCAAAGAAUGGAGCAACCUUGCGGGGAAAAACUACAUCAUCCUGAAUAUGUCGGAUAACAUUGACUGUGAGGAAUUCCAGCUGGAGAGGGGUCCCCAGCUGUUGGCACUGGUGGAGGACGCCUUCUCCAGGCAGGCAGAUGGACUGCAGGACCGCUGGCUGAUCUCUCUGAGCAAACCCAAUGAGAAUGACAAGCACUUGCUAAUGACACUGGCAGGGGAACAGGGCGUCAUCCCUACAAAAGAUGUUCUCAUGGCACUGGGGGAUGUUAAGAGGAGCUUAGCCGAGAUUGGCAUCCAGAAUUACUCAACCACGACAAGCUGCCAGUCGCACCCCAACCAGACACGCAGUGAUUAUGGGAAACUGUUCGUGGUACUGGUGAUCAUCGGCUCCAUCUGUGCCAUCAUCAUUGUAUUGGGGCUCAUAUACAACUGCUGGCAGAGACGCCUGCCCAAGAUGAAGAGCAUGUCGCAUGGUGAGGAGCUGCGCUUUGUUGAGAACGGCUGCCAUGACAACCCCACCUUGGAUGUGGCCAGUGACAGCCAGUCGGAAAUGCAGGAGAAGAAGCCAAGUGUGAAUGGUGGAAACACCGUCAAUGGCCCUGACAGCUGGGAUGUCCUGAUCAAUAAGCAGGCGAGCGAGGAUGUGGAUGUGUUUGAGGAAGACACCCAUCUUUAG